AUGUCUGGCUCUGUUGCUGUUCUUGCCAAUCCUGCGAAUGCAGACUGUCACCAGCUGUAUACUGUGGAAAACGGCCAAAUUGCAUUGGAAUUGCGUGAUGUUGACCAAAAGAAUAUCUACAGCAAUUACCAGGGGAAUUCAACCCAGAAGGGAUACAUCUGGGAAGCUGGUUCCUUUGCUGGCAUCAUUCAGAACAGUAUACCGGUCGUGUAUGGCACCACCACAACCACAGAUAGUAAGAAUGUCAUCAGCAGGUUGAGUCCAUACUACAAUCCCAUCGUCGACCCCGAUGGGAAACCGAUUGCCACCGACCACAAAGCACUAGCCGCCUGUUCGGUACCAGGAAAGCAGGAUUACUUUGUCUACUUUUUCCAAAGGAGCACCGCCUCCGACCCAUACGUGUUGCAGGAACUCCAUCUUAACCCCAGUGGACUCAAAAAGAACAACGCCGACCAAGCGACUAUAAAAAGCUAUAAAGCGGUCACCCCAGCUACAAACAGCAAUCUAGCUGCCCUUGCCUUCUAUUACCACUACAUUUUCUGGGGUGAUGAUCAAAUCUAUUACCUCUCAACCCGUACCCCAAACGCCCCACUUUUUCUCGACGGCACGGGUAAUAUCGGGGAUGCGAGUCCAUUGACUGUGAACUCGUACACGAGUAAGAAGGUUACCGGUGAAACCGUGUUGCGUUUCACGGUGUAUUAUGUGGAUCGGAAACAUAGACUCUGUAGUGUCACUGGGGAGAUUGACAGAAAUGGCACUCUUGGUAAAACAGAGGCCGGUGUUGUCGAAGGGGCUGACGAAGUGGCCGACUGGUCACUGCUAACAGUGGCCAACAAAGACGACACCAACUACGUGUAUUAUGUCCCAAAUGACAAUUCCGGGGUGUAUAAGGCAACCUUGGACCAGCCAUGGACAAAAGGUAGUGCCAGCAGUUAG